AUGUCUCAUCCUAAGGGUCUGCGCUUCAAGCCCGCGGCUAAUUCUGCUGGCUCCGUCGGCGUCAACACCGCAUCUGAUCCGCUGCUCAAGCCUGCUAACGGAAAGAAGUCAGGGGGUGAAGAGAUCAGUUCGCCGUUUAACAAGCUCGCUGGCAACAUCGACUCCACUGCAAGCGGAUCUGGACUCUCUGCACAAGAGAAAGCUUCUACGAAGGCCAUUGCUAGCGGCUCAGUACUCACUGACGAGGAUGGCUUCUUGGAUGAUGACUUCGACGACGACAUGGUGGUGGAUCUGGACAAAGAAGCGUCGACCAUGCUGCGCUCCACAGCCAUCCUGCUGAUUCCUUUUGUUCUUGCACAAGAAAUUUCGUGCAUUAUCGAUGCGGUUAAGAUGUUGAUGAAGCGUGGUUGGUACUCUGAACUCUCACAGAACGUGCUGCAGACGGUGAAGUUUCAGGUUCUUCAGCCAGCUUACAUUGCGAAGGUCCGCUAUUGUCGGCUCCAGGCCUCCUUCAUCCUGGAGUCAGAUGCGGUUUGGGUGGCAAAGAAAGAAGUGGUUUAUCAAGCGCUCAACGGCAAGCUCCACAAGCUUCACUGGCAGCGUCUGGAAGAUGCUGUGUUCAACCGCGAGAAGUCGCUGAACCCGCACGCCAUUGAAGUCAUCCUAAAGGGGGUGUCAGCUUCGGUGGAGCUGAGCAUGAUUCAUGAUUGGCUGGCGCUGUACAAGAUUGCGAGCUGGGAUCGUUCCGCCUUUCUGCGCUGCACCUGUCUUCACCGUGUUCUUCACCCGGUGACAGCGGCGUCCUUGAGCGCUUCCACGAUAGUCCUCCCCCUGCUCCGCGAUCCUGCACUGGCUCUCAUCUCGACUGGCAGCUGCAGGGAGGAAUGGAUUUGCGUUCAGGAGGGUUGCGGAAAGGCACACGGCAAGAUCUUUAUGACAGCUUCGGAACACAUUGCAACUGCGGCUCACAUGUUGCAUCUGGAGAAGCCGGGUGCUGCAACCAAGCAGUCGCUCGAGAGGACGAGCCUUGCUGUCAUUCGGAAGGAAUACGGCGUCUAA